AUGGAUGUUCCACCCCCAGCACCGCAGCCCACCAUGCAGGACGUACUGAACCUCAUGGUCACACUGGUCCAAAACGUCAACAACCUCACGACGACCGUAAACCAGUCCUUCGUCGAGAAACCAGCCACCUUCGACGGUAAAUCGUCCGAAAAAGCCAGAUUGUUCCGCAGCGCCUUCCGCGUAUACGUCCGAGGAAACAAAGAGAUAUUCGCCUCACGAAACGCUCAAGACGUCAUUAUCCUCGACCAUGCCGGCAACUGGAUAAUGGACCCGCUCAAAAUGAUCACCGGUAUCCUAUCCUUCAUGACGGACGAAGCAGCGGUCUGGGCACGCCCUCACAUCGACGAACUCUCCGAUGGACGCACUCCAUUCAACGCUGACUGGGACGAGUUCGUCAAGCAGUUCUCGGCUAAAUUCGAACCCGUUGACGCGAAAAACGAGGCCAAGCAGAAGCUCAUGUCAAUCAAACAAGGCGAUCGGACGUUCGCAGACUACCUCUCCGACUUCGAGACUUACUCUCGUCGUACCGGCUGGUCAAAUAACGACCUCUACGAUCGUCUCAAGUCUGGGAUGAAUUCGGAUUACCUCAAUAGGCUGUCUUACUUCGCCCCUCUGGCCACAGACUACAACAUGGUAAAAAAUUACGGAGCAACGAUCGACCUGCAAAAAGCAGACCUGGCGGCCAAUCAAGGCAAACCAGUCUCGCAACCCCGGUCAACGACAACGACGCGAUCUUCCGGUUUCCGCGAUCCGAACGCAAUGGACAUCGAUGCCAUGGACAUCUCCGCCGCACGCUUCGACGACCUGUUCCAGGGUCUCAAGGACCCUGCGGAGAUUAAGAAGCAAUACAAUAAGCUCAUGGUUGGUCGUUGCCGCGUCUGCGGUUCCAAAGGUCACAAGGCAGACGGCGCGCACGAGGACACCAAGUGCCAACAUUGUGGUAAACCCGGUCACUGGAAAAAGCUCUGCCUGUCGAGAUUAAACGGACAGCCACCAAAACCGCAAUCGGUCCGAGCUUCAUCGUCGACAAGCCCCUCGACAUCGGCUUCCAUCUCUACGUCUCAAGACUCGGCUGCCGACGUAGCCAGUCUCAAAGACAUGAUGGUCUUGAUGCAGAAGCAACAGGCUGAAUUGAUGGCAAAGCUCAGCCAGGGUUUUUAG